CACUUACCAUUCAUGUCAACACCACGCGCAACCAUAAUAUGCCCUUGACGUCAAUCACUUGACGCAGGCAGUUGGAUAGGGGUCGCUGGGUGCUUAGUGAGGGAUUGUGGCGGCAUUUAUUUAACUCAACUUUUAAAAGCACAUCUUCCGCCACCAUGUCUGACGACUGGGACAAGGUGGUGGUGCUUCGGAAGAAGGCGCCCAAGGCAGCUCAGAUGAAGUCGGAGGGAGCUGUGAACCAGGCCAUCCGGUCCGGCAUGGCCGUGGAAACGCAGCAGAAAUAUAACGCCGGCACGAACAAACAGCACGUUGUGACGAAGAACACAGCCAAGCUGGACCAGGAGCACGACGAGCUGAAGCAUAGCAAGGUGUCGCUGGACGUUGGCAAGCUGAUCCAGCAGGGCCGGCAGGCCAAAAACCUCUCCCAGAAGGAGCUGGCCACCAAAAUCAACGAAAAGCCGCAGAUCAUUCAGGAGUAUGAACAAGGCAAAGCUAUUCCCAACAAUGUCGUCCUCGGAAAGGUGGAGAAGGUGAUCGGUAUGAAGCUGCGCAAGGACAAGGGUCAGCCGCUGUUCGGCGGCCCCAAGAAGAAGUAGUCCUGCUCCUCGCUGCGCCCUGUGGGCCUCCGGCGAGGAGUCGCCCCCGGAUCCGGCAGCCGCCGGUGCUGACACGCCCCUUCGGUGCUGGUUUUCCCGGCCAGCCCGCGGCGACGGCGGCGCGCCCCACCCAGCGGGACGCGCCGCCGCCGCCGCCGUCGCCGCCGCUUCGUUCGCCUUACGGCCUGGGAUUUGGGGAGCGCCGUGCGCCCCGGGAGCCGCUGCCGCCGGCGGGUGCGUCGGGUGACGCCACGCCGGCCCUGCGCCAGGCCGGGGCCGCGCCGUACGUCAGCCCGCUGGUCCAAAAUUUCCUCUCGCGGUGUGCCGUUUGACUGCUGCGCUAGCCGUGCCGGCCGUCUGACGGGAGACUUUGGCUGUUUAGCGUUGCGUGUGUUUGGUUCGUUGGUCGGAACGUGUGCAGGAGAAUCUGGCUCCGUCCGAUCUGUUCUGCGUUUUCGGUAUAUCAAUGACUAUAUUUGGACUACGUUUUCGGUAUGACCCGAAUAUAACUUGAGUGACUUGG